GAAAGUGGAAUAGUGCGAGAUCAAAAAUAAACCUCUUAUGUCAAACGAGGGGGAAGAAAGUAUAAAUACUGAGAAGUCGGCAGCCUGCUUUGGGGCUGCAAAGGCUUUGGAGGGGCUGCUCCAGGCGAGCUUGGCCAGAAGCGUCAGGGGAAGACAGGCGGGAAGCAAACUCUUAGCGAGAGUGAGAAGCCCCUUCCCCAAGCCCCCUCCGGCUCAGCACCUUGCCCAAGCAGCCAGCUGACUUGCUGCUGCUGGGUGUUUGGCUUGCCAAGGUGCAGGGAGCUGGUGCUGACCCCCAGUCCGGGCUCCGGAGGGAAGCGGAGCUUUCCCCAUCUCUCUCGCUCUCCUCUUGCUGGUAAUUAAACCAGCCGGCGUUAAACUCUCCCUCUUCUAUUGCAUCUGGCUUCACUCCCCAGCGCCGGUCCCACGCCGGCUUGCGGAGCGCGCCCUGCCCUGCCCUGCCGGGGGUGGCACUUGGGUCUCCCGUCGCACUGGUCCGGUUCCAAGCCCGUGGCAGCCAUGCCCCUGUCCCGUCGGGAGCCGCCCCUGCCUGGCAGGCUGGCACCUGCCUUCCCCCUCCUGCUGCUGCUGGGCGCUGCCCGCGCGCUGCCCCGCCAGCCCGGGGACUCCCAGGAGGUGGUGCCGGUGCGGAUCCCAGACCCGCGGGGCGGAGAGCAGGUCUCCUUCUGCCUCUCCGCCUUCAGCCGGGACUUCGUGCUGCAGCUGGUGCCCGACGCCCGCUUCCUCGCCCCCGGGCUGAAGAUUCAGCGCCUGGGCCGGCCGGGCCCGCGGGCGGAGGAAGACGAGGCGGGGCUGAAGAAAUGCUUCUACUCCGGGACCGUCAACUCGCAGCCCGGCUCGCUGGCGGCCGUCAGCCUGUGCCGGGGCAUCCGCGGCUCCUUCCUGGUGGACGGGGACGAGUACCUCGUCCAGCCCGCAGCCCGCAGGGGCGGCGAUCCCCUGCUGCAGCCGCACCGGCUCCAGAGGAGGCGGGCUCCCGAGCCCGGGAGCGAGCUGCCCGUGGGGACCAGCCGCCGAGCCAAGCGCUUCGUGUCCGCGGCCCGCUUCGUGGAGACGCUGCUGGUGGCCGACGCGUCCAUGGUCCAGUUCUACGGGGAAGAGCUGAAGAACCACAUUCUGACCCUGAUAUCAGUGGCCGCUCGGAUCUACCAGCACCCUAGCCUAAAGAACUCCGUCAGCUUGGUGGUGGUAAAGGUGCUGGUUGUGGAGGAUGAGAAGGCCGGGCCAGAAGUGUCUGACAAUGGAGGGCUCACGCUGCGCAACUUUUGCAACUGGCAACAGAGCUUCAACCCUGCUAGUGACCGUCACCCAGAGCACUACGACACUGCUGUCCUGCUGACUAGACAGGACUUCUGUGGGCACCAGAGCUGCGACACUCUGGGAGUGGCUGACAUCGGCACCAUGUGCGACCCCAACAAAAGCUGCUCUGUGAUUGAAGAUGAGGGUCUCCAGGCUGCCUACACCCUGGCUCAUGAACUAGGACACGUGCUCAGCAUGCCCCAUGACGACUCCAAGACCUGUGAGAGGCUCUUUGGGCCCCUGGGAAAACAUCACAUGAUGGCUCCUUUCUUUGUCCACUUGAACAAGACCCUGCCCUGGUCCCCCUGCAGUGCCAUGUACCUCACAGAGUUUCUGGACGGGGGACAUGGUGACUGUCUGCUUGAUGCGCCAGCUGAACCCAUCGUCCUCCCCACAGACCUUCCAGGCCAACUCGCCAUGUACGACCUGGACCGCCAGUGCCAGCAGAUCUUCGGCAAGGAGUUCCGGCACUGCCCAAACACCACAGACGAGGACAUCUGUGCGCAGCUGUGGUGCAGAAUGGACACCAGGGAGCCCCUGUGUCACACCAAAAAUGGCAGCUUGCCAUGGGCAGACGGUACGCCCUGUGGAGCGGGCAGGCUGUGCUGGGAUGGCAGCUGCGUGGCACAAGAUGCGAGGAAGCCCCAGCCCGUGGUGGAUGGGAACUGGGGCCCCUGGAGCCCAUGGGGAGCCUGUUCCAGGACGUGCGGAGGAGGAGUCCACUUCUCGUACCGGGACUGCAACGACCCCGCACCUCAGAACGGUGGAAAAUACUGCGAGGGUCAGAGAGCCAAAUAUCAGUCAUGCCGCACAGAGGAAUGCCCGCCGGACGGGAAGAGCUUUAGAGAGCAGCAGUGCGCAAAGUACAACAGCUACAACUUCACAGAUCUGGACGGGAAUCUGCUGGAGUGGCUCCCCAAGUAUUCCGGGGUGUCCCCCCGGGACCGUUGCAAGCUCUUUUGCCGAGCCAGAGGGAGGAGCGAAUUCAAAGUAUUUGAGGCCAAAGUGAUCGAUGGGACGUUGUGUGGGCCAGAGACCCUCUCCAUCUGCGUCCAUGGGCAGUGCAUCAAGGCUGGCUGUGACCACGUGGUUGGCUCCUCCAAGAAGCUGGACAAGUGUGGGGUGUGCGGUGGCAAUGGGUCGACAUGCAGGAAAAUAUCUGGCUCACUCAACAGAUCCAAGUAUGGAUAUAAUGACAUCGUCACGAUCCCUGCUGGAGCUACCAACAUUGACAUCAAACAACGCAGCCACCGAGGGGUCCGUCACGAUGGAAACUACCUGGCUUUGAGAACCCUGGACGGCAAGUACCUCCUGAAUGGAGACUUUGCCAUUUCAGCCAUGGAGCAAGACCUCCUGGUGAAGGGGACAAUCCUGAAGUACAGCGGCUCUCUGACGACCCUGGAGCGGCUCCAGAGCUUCCGGCAGCUUCCGGAAUCUCUCACUGUCCAACUGCUGACCGUCUCCAGUGAGGUCUUCCCGCCCAAGGUGAAGUACACUUUCUUCCUCCCCAAGGACAUUCCCUUUAGCAAGCAGAAGGUCAAGGAAAAGAAAUCAGCCAACAUUAUCCAGCCCAUGCUGACCUCGCAGUGGGUUAUGGGAGACUGGUCCGAGUGCUCCAAAACCUGCGGCUCUGGCUGGCAGAGGCGAACGGUGGAAUGCCGGGAUGUGGAGGGCCAGGCCUCCACCACCUGCGACAAGGCUCUGAAGCCUGAGGACAUCAAGCCCUGCGGCGACCUCCCGUGCCCCAUUUGGCGCGUCGGCCCCUGGUCGCCGUGCUCCCGAACUUGCGGCGAGGGAGUGCGGACGCGGAGCGCCGCCUGCAUUGACUAUGCAGGAAAGAUCGUAGCCCCUGAGAAAUGCAGCUCGCCCCCGCCCCAGGCAGCGACCGCCGCCUGCGUACUGCAAGAAUGCUGAGCCAGGACAGGCCUAGUGCAUCGGAGACGCGUAACGUAGCCAACUACUAACCAGACCAGACCUGGCUUGGCAAGUCAAGCAGGGACGUAGGUUUAAAAGUGAACGUGCACUAAUUGACCUGAGCAGGCCCCCGGGGGCAGACCUGCUUGGAAGACUCUUUUCUGGUUCCAUCCCCCGCCAAUAGACAUCUACCUCAGAGGGGGCGGAAAAUAGUCCAGGGGAAGGGAGGAGUCCAGUGAUUUAUUUUUACUGGUCAAUAGCAGAUGAAUUUUAAUUUAAGGAGCGAGUAAUCCUAUUCUAGGCUAUUUCCCAAAAGGAUGACCUGAGUUUCAGCCAUGCCCACCCAUUCUCCUUCAUUAUUUACCAUAUGUGGCCUGAGAGACUCAUCUGCAGGGAGGCUGAGGGGUAGGAUAGCUGCACCCCCUGGCUUGAAGGGGUUUCCAUUACGUUCAGGGUUUACAAUUUGGUUCAAUGGCUCUCAGCACCCCCACUAUACAAAUUGUUCCAGCACUCCUGAGUUUAACACAGGUUUGUUUGUUUUUUAAAACUGUAUGGGAUGAAGGGCCUGAUCCUGCCACCAUUACUCAGGUAGAAUUCCCAUGCUCUUCAGUAAAGACUGUGGGAGCAGAAGCCUUAAACAUGACCUUAUACUAAUUUGGCAAAUUCCAUUAGGGUUCGUUACUACAGAGGGGUUUAAGCUGCACAAUUUGGCCCUUCUGCCCUGUCCCAACUUCAGUGGUGUUCGGACCUGGGGCUUUGGUUCAGCCCAUUUGAAGCUGGGCCCCUUUGCCAAACUUCUGUGGAUUGUGGCUCCGAUUUCAGUCCCCUUUGUCCCAAAGUUUGGGGGUGUUUGGAUCCAGGGGGCUUGUUCAGGGCCAUCUCUAUUCUUAGAUGGUUAUAUACAACCAUCCACCAUCUGAACAGAUGAAAGGAGAGGGGACAAAGUCAGUCCAUUAGUGGUGCACAAAUGCAGUGGAAGCCCCGUGGAAAGUCAGCCUGCAAAGUCAAACCCAGCAUUGCACAUGCCCAUCUGAACCUUUCCGACUUGUCUCUCUCAGUUAGCCUGCACAGACAACCAAUGAACUGUUGCAGGAGGCAGAGUGUUGUGAGUAGGGGACCGAGCUCCAGCUACUCCUGAGUCUAAAGGACACUAAUUCCUUUAUGCAGCCUUAGAUGAGUCACUUAACCUCAGUUUCCUCAGCUGUAAAACGGGGCUAUUGGCACUACCCUGAAUCACAGGAUGUCAUGAGGAUUAGCUGAUGUUUGUACAGUGCUUUGAAGGUGAAGAGCGAAAUGUUUAUUGCAUGAUAUAAGCUAGAUGCUGCAUCUCAACUAUGCCCUGUCUCCUGACCAGGAGGGUGCGAGCUAGUGUUUCCUUGCGCAUAGAAACCCUCCUCGGUUCUCAGUCAAUUCUCCCACCACUUUGCCCUAGUAUUGUCCUCCAUCUGACCAGUCCUGACUAGGACAUCUAAAACAGCUUCUCCCAAUGCUGGAGUCCUUUUUUUUCCCUAGCAGGGAUUGCUGCCAGAGCUAAGUAACACAGCCAGCUCUUCUCUCUCUCCGACCCAGAUGUUGUCUGUCCCCAGUGCAGACAUCUGGCCAGUCUCUGAACUUUCACCUUUUGAAGCAAGCUCCCUGUGCUACACAUCCGGUGAGACUGAUCAGACCUAGCAGCAGCCUCUGUCUUUAAGGAAAAUGUGCAAAUUUACUUUUCAUCAAAGUUUCUCAAUAGGGGAGCCUCAUAUUACCCAGAAGUUCCAUUUUCUUAUGCCCCUACCUUGGGGACUCCCAAGCAUCUUUCUCCCUUUUGAUGCUCUCACACUCUCUCUCUCUUGUGUGUACGGCUUCCAUUUAAUUGUUGGAAACAAACCCCAGCGAACUAAAGAGAUCUCCAUUUGUCUGUCUCUCUCUUUGCCUGUCUCAUGUGUGUCCUUUUCUAAUUAGGGCUGGGUGACCCUCCUGGAGGAUAAGAUUCUGUGAUCAUUGAAAACUAUUUGGGGGAGGGGAGGGGUUCUCAAACCUAUUGACCCUAUUUUCCCUGUAUUUUAAUUCUAGGUUUUUCUAGCUAAAGCAAAGCCUGUACUAUAGGGAGGGGCAUGCCAGCAUUUCCCCAUUGGAACAGUAGUGAGAGCAGGUUACUAGGAGGCAGGAUUCCUCGGGUCUGUUCCUGACUUUGCAGCUGCUUUCUGACCUUGGGGAAAUCACUUCUGUUCUCUGUACCUGUGGCUACGUCUACACUGUGACACCGAGUCUCCGAGCCUAGGUCAAUUGACUCACAGGGAUUGGCUGUAGGGCUGCAAAUAGCAACCUAGAGAUUUGGGCUCGGGCUGGAGCCCAGGCUCUAAGAUCCACCCCCCUUUGUAGGGUCCCUGAGCCCGAAUGUCUACGCUGCAAUUUUUAGCCCCGCAGCCUGAGCCCUGAGAGCCCAAAUCAGCUGACGCAGGCUAGCUGCCCUGCAGCCAUGCCGCAGGCCUUUUAUCUGUAUAGGAGAGGCCUGGCCGAGGUCAGCUCCUUAAAGGUCAGCAACGUAUUGUUACAGAAUGAGAGUAUUUGAUGAGGCCGGGAGGAAGCUAUUUUAGCCACAGAUGUCAGCAGGGAGGGCGCACGGAGUGGGUGGGCGGCUGCAGAGCCCUUGUAAGAGCCAUUCUUUUAUUUAUUUAUUUCGUCGUUGUUAUUCUUAUUAUGCCAGAAAUUGACUCAUGCAUCUUUGACCUGCUGCUCCUCCUGAGGCUGGCACUCCAUGCAGAAUGUGCUCUGGCAACCUCAUUAGGGGUGUGCCCCAAGACGACCUCCACAGUGGGGUCACCCUUUUUUCCUGCAGUCGGUGACCUUUCAAACUAAAGCUGCUACAUGUGCUGCUGCUAUGGGGCUCCCCGGCCUUUACCCACUCCCUGCAUAGACUAGAGUUAACAUGCCGCUAGCCUGGCCCACGUGAAAGGGAGACCCUUGCCUGGGGCCCCAUUAAACAGCCACGCCAAGGAAAAAGGGAAGGGGGUUGACCCUUCCACCUUGGAAUCAGGGCCGGCUCCAGGAUUUUGGCCGCCUCAAGCAGCCAAAAAAAAAAAAAAAAGCCGCGAUCGC